AAUCUAAAGAUAAGUAUGAUGAAGAAAAAAGGGAAAGAGAAUAAAGCGCAUGCUGCAGAAGAGGACGUCUCAAAACAAACAGGACAAUUACCCCCUGAACCAGUAACCUGCCUGACCUUUGAUGACUAUCAGUGCACAGGCAACGUCCAGGAGGACUUCCCCAAACUCUGCGCUCUCCUGGAUAUAAAGAACAUCCCACCUGUCCAUUGUAAAAGCACAGAAACUGAAGAGGAAGAGCUGCCAGAGGAAAAUGAGACUCGAAUAACCCAAUGGUGGAAGCUGUAUCUCUGUGUUGAUUUGGAGGACAAAACAACGCUCAGCUGCAAGGGACUUAGGAUAACUGGAUGGAAAAUAGAUGAGCACAUUUGGAAAGUUCUGACCAAGAUGCUUCAACAUUUGAGCCGACUUCAGAGCGUCUACUUGUUUUGUAGUUUUUGGAAAGCCGGACUGACCGAUGAAAUGAUAACGUCACUUUCAAAUACACUCUCAGUGGGGAGCAGUCUGAGAGUUGUUUAUUUGGACGGAAACCCUCUCCCAAAUCACAGCUACCACCUGCUCCUCUCUGAAGACAGUCUCAUCAAUCGCCUGUUCCUGAGAAAUAACCAGAUCGGGGAUGAAGGCGCUCGUCUGAUUGGCUCCGCGUUAUCCACAACCAAAACUGCAAACAAAAACCUCCUUUUUCUAAACCUCGCCUUCAACUGUAUUGGGAAUGCAGGUGCUGCGUAUCUGGCUCAGGGCCUGCGUCUGAACCGAGCCCUGAUCUACCUCUCACUGGCCAACAAUCAGAUCGGAGACUCAGGGGCCGCUCGUAUUUCCAAGAUUCUGGGGGAGUUUCCUCUGACUCAUGAAGAGGUCGUGGAGAGAAGGAAGCUGCUCAUAGAAAAGCAGGGGCUGAAUUUUUGGUCAGAUGUCGAUGGAGAAGGACCGACACUUUCAGAGGCCAACACACCGGUCAAACCAGACCCUAAAGGCAACGCCAAGAAGAAGGAAGUUGCUAAAAAAGAGGAGAAACCAGAAAAAGCACCUGCCAGCAAAGAAACCCUGAAGAAAGGAGCACAAAAGCCACCAAAAACUCCCGAUAAGGCACCGCCAGCCAAAGGAGGAAAAGCAGCGGGCAAGAAGAAACCUGCUCCUGUCGAGGAGAAGUCGACUAAUGCCUUGGUCGAGCCUGAAGUGGAGAUAGUGAACCCCCUGCUGGACCCUUUGGCACAUCGCAAGGACGGACACGUGUUUCUGCCCGGAAACUCCACUCUGGUCUACCUCAGUUUAGCAGGCAACGCAAUAACGGAGGAAUCGCUGCCUCUGUUCCUGACGUCUCUGGAGCAGCAGACGGAGGGAGGACUGCUGCGUUUGUGUUUAAAUAGAAACAACUUUUCUCCCGACUGUGAACUUUUCAACAAAAUAAACCACCUCCUGCAGCUCAGAGACCCAAAAAACAGACCUGCAACUGAACCAGGCCAAGACGAGGGGCACAAAUAA